CAAUAUUUUGCUGUGGUAUAAGGACUAAAAUACUUGUGCAAAGGUAUAUUAACGAAAUGAUGUUAAUAAAUUUGCUUGUACUUUUAACCUUUUCAAAUUCUAGUUAUGGCUCCAAAUAUCUGCCGGUAUUUAUUCUUGAUUACGACCAAACGCUUACGAAUUUAAUCACGAACAACAACCCCUUCUAUAAAACCAGUCGAGGUGAGUUUACAGACAUCGUACACGACGUUAUCAGGAAAAGUGAUACGGUCAUAAUCUUCACUGAAACGCUAUUCUGCUCCGAAGACGUUUCAACUCGAGAUAAAGAUGGCACCUCCUAUCCCAACAUGCGUAAAGCGCUGCACGAGCAAAAAGUAAAAUACCUACCAGCCGUUGAAGAACCAUACAGUAUUUUAACCCAAAUAUUCCAACCUGACCCCCAAAACAUUUUCAAACUAAGCGUUUGUAAUGCCCGUGCCAAACUGACUCUCGAUCCAGGACAUACGAAAUAUUUCUACGUGUAUUUCCAAGACCAGCCAACCGAUCCCCGAACGGAGAGUCUCCGAUGCCAUGAUGCAGUUAUGAAGGAAGUGUAUUUGCAAACACGCAUGUCUAAACCUGCAGGGAAGAUCGUCGCAUUUUACACUGGUAUGACCAGUCCUAUUAUUGCUGAAAGGAGGUUGUUGAAGCCAAUUAAAACACAAAAGGAGGUUGAAAGUGUGCCUACGGUAUUUUUGUCUUCCGAUGGCGCGUUGUUCAGGUUCAAAGGAGUUUACUUCACAAGAGGAAGAACGGUCACUUCGCUGUUUGAAAUGCCAUCCAUAGCUGAAGAAACUUGGACAAAGAGAAAACUCACGACGAAAAUGUCGUAUACGGAUUUUGAGUUGCAGUUUGAAUUUUCUUUUCGUAGUGACGGUUGGAGUCUUGACUCUGUGUCUCUAUUGGAAUCUAAAGAAGUGGUGGGCACCCUGCGUCUGACCGCCGGCGCGCCGUGGGGUAACUCCUACGUGUGUAGCGACCCCCUCAUCAUCAGCGGCGGUGACGGCUUCGUGUCCAUCAAUCACUAUCAGAUCCAACCCUUCCGUUAUACCAGGAAGAACUUGGUAGUCCCUUACGGUGACAAAAAUAUUGCCCUAGCUGAAGGCGAAGAAGACGAUGACGGCCCCGAGCCCAUACCAGACGUGGACGCCCCAGGAAGAAACUCCACUUGCAGAUUUGGGAAAAGCGUUCACUGCGGGCCCUAUUUCAGCAUCAGUAUACUGUCGUGCCUGUUUGUGUCCGCCUUAUUACUGGGUGUAUUGACUGCUGGAAUAGUGAUGCUUAUGAACUGCAAAACUAAUGAUCAUUACGACGAUCCGCACGGGAAACCGCUGCAGUUUACUUCAGAGUUUUAAAUGUUUUUUUUAUGUGUAGUUACCUAAAUGAUAAGAAAUAAACUUUCGAUUAUUA